AUGGGAAGCUGGCUGUCCUGUUUAGGGAGCAGGCCCAGUCGUGACAGCAACCGCAACAGCCUCCCCAAGAAGAGAGAAGAGACAGAAGAUGGGGCAGCCCUCACCGAGCCGCUUCUCCCGCCCCUCGCAGCAAGGACGCCUUCCCCGCCGCCUUCGCCUCCCCCGGCCUCCGGCUCCCUCGACUUCGCCGCCCCGCCGCCUUCGGCCCCGCAGCCAGCCGGGAGGGAGCUGGGCCCCGCGCUCAGCCUGGAGACGCUGCAAGAGCGGCUGGAGGCGCUGAAGUCUCUGCAGGGCCAGUACCUCCGGGGCCAGCUCAGGAUCCGACGCACCUGCCGGGACUUCCCGCGCGCCCUCCGCGCCCUCAGCCUGCAGAUCUGCCGCAGCCGCCGGAGACUCAUCCGCGCCGAGGUCCGCCUGCAGCGCCGGGAAACGGAAGGCGCUUUCAUCGCGCGCCCCUCGCCGCCGCCCUCCGAGCUGUUGGCCUUGGCCUCCGGGCGCCCCGGGCUCUCCGCCGACGCCGCCUCCCUCUCCGGCUGCUCCCUGCUGCUGCUCCCCGCGCCCCCGCCGCCGCCCGCCCCGCCGCCGCUGCCGCCGCACCUGCCCGACCUGCACGAGGCGCUGGAGACCUUCCUGGACUGCCAGGCGCGCCACCUCCACGACCGGCAGCGGGACUACCGGAGCUGCCAGGAGUGCGUCCGCUCCAUCAAGACGCUGCGCGGCCAGUUGCGCCGAGUGCGGAGCCGGCUGUGGAGGGUGGAGGCGGAGCUGGGCAUCCAGGUGCCCCCGCGCGAGCUCUCCGUGGAAGACCAGGAGGACGACGAGGACGAGGAGGACGGCCCUCCCUGGUUGCCCCCCGCGCUGCGCGCUGCCCGGAGGGAAGGCCAGAACGCGCCCCUGCUGGAUUCACUGAUCUCCGGCCGGCUGCUGGAGGCUGAAGUCCCCGCCUGCCCUUAA